ACUCUCUCUCUCUCUCUCUCUCUAAUUCCUUGCCUCUCGGUUUAGCGCGUGCGAACGUACCAUUACCGCCACUGAUUGUAACGCCAGACUCCAGUGUUUUGUGCUUACGAGUUGCGUGUGCUGAUGUGAUAGUUCGCAUCUCGCGCGGCGCGCCGCCACACAUACAUGUACAUCGUACUGUUCAAGCGCGUUGUGCAGCUGCUGCCAAGGCACCCAUAUCUGCACCUUUACAGUCACACUCGGCAGAUGCAUGCUUCAUAAUUGGCUUCACCUUGUUCCAUACAAAGAUCUCAACCUAGGAUGAAAUGUUCAGAAGCUACUUAUCCUUAUUACUUCCUGAAACAAUGCCUACCAAAUACUUUUGGCUUCUUGACUUAGGAUAGUUCACAGCAAAAUGGUUAAUAUUAGUAACAAUGUGAAAAGUAAUUAGCCAUCAAUAGUUUUUAACUACGAGAAUUAAUUUAUAAAGUAUAGCCAUUAUACCAUCGUUUGUUUGGAAUGAUAUUGUUAUACCAAUAGUAUAUAUUAAGUAGUGUGUAUAAAUGGGUGAAAUUUAUAAGCAAAUGCACUUGAGCAACAAGUUACAAUGUAAACAUUACUCCACAGUCUACCUGUUUUUUAAUGGAUAAUGUACUUCAUGGAAGAAGAUGUUAAACAAAUUGAUAUUUAAAAUGUGCAAGUGUGGUUUUAAUCAAAAGAGAGAUGUAGCAGACUUCUGUAUUAGUGUUUGUGAUAGUAGUCCUUGAUAAGGGAAUGCUUGUAAGAAUACAACGACCAGUAGGAGUAUCUACAGAAACUACAUGCAUGUCAGGAAUAGGCAAUCUUGGACGUAAACGCGUUGAAUGGCGUCGCAACGCCAACAUAAAAAUCAAUCAAUUUCUCUUUCCAAGAAGUAUUAGCCUACAAGGCAUACAGUUAGAGAAAAGUUAAAAAAUAUAAUAGGGGAACUAUAAGGUAGCUAAACGCUGCCCAGAGUUUCGAGGUGCUGCGUGGGCAUGCAGCAGCCUCAGUCACGCCCUCUCCUCGGGGACUCUGUAUCCUCUACAACAUCCCCAACAGCACGUCGUAAUAAUAAUCCUGUUGCAGUCCUUACCCAACAACAAUUACAACAGUUACAACAACUGCAAUCACAAAAUUCUGGUCCUCAGUCUGUGACAUUUACUCUACAGCAACCAUCUGGUGGGAAUCAAGAGCAAACAAGUGGAUCUACAGCUGGAAAUCACAUACUCUAUGUUAACCAGUUGAACCAGUUAAAUCAAGGUCCCAUUAAUCCUUCUGGGACUGGUAUGGGCCUACCCCCGGCCACCCCCACUUUUGGGGUGGGCCUUAAUAUGGGACUGCCUUUAUCACUUUUAAAUACAAAUCUUACGUCAUUAACUUCAAAUGCCAUAACAACAUCAAAUCCGUUGCUUAAUUUAAGCCUUCCCAACAUUAAUUCGGGUCUAACAGCAAUAAAUUCUAGCAUAAAUCAAUUAAGUGCUUUAGGCACAAAUCUUAACUCAAAUUUACCAUCGGACAGUAUUAGCAAUGGGUUAUCGAAUCUUGGACAAGAUUUAUCUGGUAUGAACUCUGGCAUAAAUCAAUUAAACACAUUAAAUUCUACUAGUAUCAGUUCUGGACUCUCUAAUAUCAGUGCAGGGCUUACAAGUGUUAAUCCAAAUCUAACGAGCUUAAAUACAACUGCAAUAAAUCAAAAUCUUGCCACUAUUAAUGCAAAUUUAAAUGCAACAAAUUCCGGCGCAUCUACUUUGAAUACUCUUAAUUCUAAUAUAAAUUUGUCCACCAAUAACAUAAAUUCAGCUCUAAAUCAGCAAAGGCUUAAUAGACCAUUGAAUGCUAUUGCAAAUUUCAAUUCAACAAGCAGUAGUACACAAUUUCCUUUCCAAACGAUUCAGAGUAUACAAAGUAUUGCUCCCCACAUAGUUGGUUCCAAUAUUGCAAAUGUAAGUUCUGCUAUAUCGCAGAAUCAAAAUAGUAAUAUUACUUCAACUGUACAGUCGACAAAUUCUGGAUCUUCGAGUGCUACUAGUACAUACACUAGUACUUGUAGUGGACCAAUCCUUGCCACAACUAGCAAUGCUGCUCAUGGAGCAAGUACUAAUCAACAAAUAAAUGUAUCUCAAUUUGGAAUUAUGAGCUCUAAUAUGCCAAAUGUUAUAACACCGCAAGUUAGUACAAAUGAAUCUAAUCCAAAUUCUUCGAUUGGUGCUGGAUUUCAACGUCAGUUUUCAAAUCAAAAUUUGAGUCAAUCUACUGGUACAAAUCAAGCUUCAAAUUCAGUCAUUCCUAAUAUAAAAACAAUGCAGGGUAUUCAAAAUCAAACGAGUACCUCACCAGGUAGUCCAUUUUCAAUACCAAUGAAAAGUCCAGCAUCUAAUAUUGCUCCGCCAACUCCAAGUCCCAGUCCAAAUAGAUUAUUACUUAGAAGUCCUGCGUCUAAUUCUAUUCAAUCAAGAAAUAGUCCAAGUCCUGUUUCUGCUGGAACAGCUAAUACGAAUUUUGGAAUGCAGCUACAAAGUCCAAUGCAAAGUCCCAUUAGCGUUGGUCAAAUUCAAAGCCCAGUGCCCAGUCCUUAUCCUCCUGCUAAAAGUCCUCACCAUUUAGGAGCUGGAACAACUUUAAGUAAUAAAAGUCCUGCACCAGGAGGAAGUCCAGGUCCACCUGUUGUGCGACCCAAUACUCCAAUUUUACAGCAAGGUAUGCAAGUUUUACAAAUAAUUCAUGGCACUCCUCAAGGAUAUCAACAGGCACCUCAACUAGUUACCCGAACUCAUUUGUUUGGUAAUCAGCAAAUUCAAAUAGCUGCAGCAACUAAGCCUAAUAAGCAGCCACCUCAAAUACUACCAAAACCACCAUUGCAACAGGCAAAUGUUGGUCAGCAAAAACAGCGUGUGACUACCACUAUAACAAAUCAGGUAACCCAACAAUCGCAACCUCAACUCGUUUUAGCAGGCCCUCAACCAAAUCCACCAACAGCUACUAUGAUACCGACUGCUCAAGGUCUUCUUUUGAAUCAGGUAUUGCCGUCUACUGGACCAGUAAUCGUACAGCAGCAACCAGGUGGCGUUCAGCUGAUUCUUAGGACUUCAGCAAACGCCCAACAACAAACACAUACUGCACAGUUAACACAGCAGCAGUUAGUAAGAGUUGUUACUGCACAAGGUAUGCAAUUGCAAGGUCUUGCGCCGACCUUUUUUGCUGUACCCAAUGGUUUUCCUUCUUCAGCACCACCAGUAAUUAGGCAUACACCUUCUAGUCCAGCUCCUCCGAAUUCAGGGAAUAAUGGUUCAAUAGUAAUACAAAAUACAAUGGUGCAAAAUUCACAACCACAAAUAACACAAAGUACUACGAUUAAUGCAUCUGCAAACGUUCAAAAUGCACAAACUCUUAUCGAUCAGAGCUUGCUACCUCCACCAAAGAAAAAAGCUAAGAAAAAGAAGAAAGCAAAGAAGAAAGAUGAAGAGCCACCAAAACUGGAUCUUGCUAGCAUUAUGAAAAUAUCAGGCAUCGGAGAUGACGAUGAUAUUUUUGACAAUGAUCUCACAACAGAAGUUGAAGCAUCGCCUCAUUCUCAAGUGGAAGUAAGCCCUGUGCAAAAUUCACCUCUUGUAUCAAUGCCAAAUACUUCUGUUCAGCAAAAUGUGGUUCAAGUACCUGUUUCAAGUACGACAAAUGUACUUCAAGCAAACCCCACGCAAGAAAAUUACAAUUCAAGUCAUUUAGUCGCACAAGUUCAGACACCUGUACAAAAUGUCAUUUCGGGACAACUAAGAUUAGCCAUUGGUGAAGAUGGUAGAGUCGUACUGCAUCACACACCAGAUCCAAAUCAGCCUGAAAUCGAUCAAGCAACUGCUCAAGCUUUAAUAAGAUCUUUAACUCAAAGUGGCGGUCAGAAUUCUCAAAUUAUUUCUCAACUUUUGCAAGCUCAGUCAAUGUUACAAACAUCACAAAAUACAGCUAAUAAUAGGCAGAAAUUUGUAAAAUCACCUGUAUCUAAUACUUUAACAACGGGAUCACCCUUAACAAGUCCAUCGAGUUCACAAACAUCAAUAGUCAAUCCACAACAAAUCCAUCUUAAUUCUAGUUCAGGCAAUAUGCAAAAUUUUAAUGUUGCCAACAUUGCACAAAAUCCUCAGUCUAUGUUAACUGCUACGGUACAAGCAUGUAAUGCUCACUCUACUGUUAAUACAAGUUCGCAAAAUUUAGGUCAAUCAGCAAAAAAUAUUGUUGUUUCAAGAAAAGUAUUUGAUGCUAAAAAACAAACUAUUGUUGACGUUAAAUCUACAACUUGCCAAAAGACUAAUAUACAAAGUGCCCGAUCGAUAGGACCAAAUCAAAUGAUCACUAUCAAUCAACAACAAGCUAGUAAUAUUCAACAAGCAAAAUGUAAUCAAACAAGAGUUCGGAAUACCUCUAUCAAUUUAAAUCAACAACAAAAUAUUAAUAAACAAAUGGGAACUCAAAUUCAAAAGCCUGUGCAAAGCUGUACAACUAUUCAACGUAAUGUUCAGUUAGUAAAAAAUAGUCAAAAUCAGUUACAACAAAUAAGUAUUCAAGAUGAUGGCUCUUUUGUGCCUCAAAAUUCAUCUAUAUAUCAUCAGAAUGUUGCCCAACAAGUAUCUGCAUCUCAAACUGUCCAGACACAAAAUGUACAGCACAUAUUUGAACAGAAUUUGCAACAAAAUGUUGGCACUACAUUACAAAGAGCAUCGAGUGAUGGUGUUAAAAUUGAAUCAAUAAAUGUUGUUCAACAAAGUAGUACUGGUAAUCUUCAACAACCACCGCAGCAGCAAACUGUUAAUCUUCUUCAACAAAAUAUUGGCAGUAAUAUUCAGUCAAUCGAACAGAAUUUACAAUUUGGUAAUGAUUUGCAGCUUUCACAGCAACAAAAUAUGCAACAGGCAAGUGCAAAUAAUGCAAGGCCACAAAAAUUGAAGUCAGUCAAUACAAGUCCAGCAAAUAAUCAAUCAUUUGAACUUCAAAAUCUCCAAGCGAACAUCUUGAUUUCAAACUCCCCCUGUCCUACGCAACAGCAAGAGCAACAAAAAACAGAAACACAAAAUAUAUGUAAUAUGAAUUCUUCUGCAGCAUCGAUAUUAAAUAGUGCGCCGAAAAUAACUCCAGAAAUAUUAAAUGCUUUAAGUAACUUAAAUCCCAACGAUCAACUUUUGAUUGCUAAUGCUAAUGGACAGAUGCAAGUGAUUAGUCAGCAAUUGUUACAGCAGUUUUUAUCAGGACAAUUCAAUGCACAACAUCAACAUCAACAUCAAAAUCAAACACAAACACAAAAAAUAGUUAUAGGCGAUCCAGAUUCCAACAAUCCAAAUUUACAAGAGGUACAGAUCAAUACACCAACGAGCCAAAUAAUAGUAAAUAGUUCUGGUGGAGCUCCUACGAUACAAAAUAAUAUUCAAAACAUUGUUGUACAAGCCGCACCGACACAAAUGCCACAACAAAUACAAAUCCAAAAUUCUGGCUUUCCAAGUCAGUUUAUCGAUAAUUUAAAUCAGCAACAAAUUCGCAAUCUCGGUAACAGUGCGGUGACGAAUCAGAAUGUGAAUCAAAGUUGUGUCCCCAAGAAAGCAAAAAUGGUUAAACGAACGAAAGUGUUGACAGUGUCUCAGCAAACAGGAAAAUCUGUGAGUGUUUCGCGCCCAUUGAUCGUCACAACAGCUACAGCUACAACAACGACUACAACAACAACAAGCGUUUCUUCGCAACAGAAGCUAGAGACACCUAAUAAAAUGCUAAAUUUCCUAGCGCAAGUUGUCGAUAGCAAUAAGAACGAGUCACCACAGCUCGUUACUGUUAAUGGACCACUCACUUCCCUGUCCCCCAGUUGUCAAGUGCCUAUUUUAUCAACUGGUCAAGUCGUCCAAAGGGUACAAACCAUACAGUUGAGUUCACAAAAACAACAGAUGCUUACUAGUAAUCAAGCUCAAAUUCGGACUAUUUUGGCACGAAAAACUAAUUCUCAAGCAGAUCAGCUUGUUUUGACCAAAUUAUAUCAAGAGCAGGCGCGAAUUUUGGCUAGUGGUAAGAUUAUCAGUAGUACUUCACACCCGAUUAACAGUGAAUCCGAGACUACUAUAAGUGUGAAUGUAGUAUCUUCAAGCAGUUUGACAUCAUCGAGUACCAUUGCUCAAACGGCAUGCAAAAGUCAGACAUCAACGGCUCAGACUCAAACUCCAGUAUCAACUCAUACCUCAAUAGUAGUAGCGAAUUCGCAAAAUGUUAAUUUAACUACGUCGUCUCCUAAUAACGUAUAUCUACCCAAUAUUGCUACUCAACGGGUGCAAAGUCCGCAGUUAGCAACUUCAAUAAAGCAGCCGCAGCAACAGCUUCAGCAGCAACAGCAACAGCAGCAACAGCAGCAGCAGAUUGAAGCUCAAUCCGAUAAUGGCUCGGCACUUGUUCCGUCCAGCUCGAGUACAGACAGUUUCGAUAGUUCCCGAGCAAUGAUAGAAGCUCAGCAAACGCAAUGCCAAAGCGAUCCCGUGGACAUUAAGCCGAACAUAGGAGCAUUGAGUCCAAGUAUUAAGCAAGAACUCGCUUCUCCGAUUGGAUUGCAGUGUCAGAAUACUUCGCCUGCGGGACAGGUGAUGUCUCCUCGAAUGGCCGGUAAAUCUCAACAAAGUUCCCAAAGCAAGCUUUUGAGCCCCGAUAAUCCAUCGUCGAGUCCAAGGCAAGGCGUUAAAAGAACAUCAAGCUCCAGUCCUGUGCGUCGACAAGUCAAUAGAAACGAUCUAUUCGAACAACAAUUGAAGAUUGAUCAAAAUGGUGCAACGAAUCCCGACGUCAAUACGCCCUUCCAAAGUAAACGCGAUGCCUGCAAGCGUCUCGUCAGGUAUCAUUGUUUCAACGAGCAGGUGCUUAGCUCCAAGGAUCUGGAAAAGGCCGACGAGAUUUUCGAAGAAACAGCCAAGCAUUUGUUAAGUAAAUUUAAUUCAAUGAUGAACAAGUACACGUAUCUCUUGAUAAUGGAGAGCAUGCGCGAGACCAGAACGUCCGAGCUUAUGAUGAUCGAUCGCAUGAUCGUAAACGAGGAGCAGGUGACGUUGAAUAGGUUGCGCGAGCAGGAGGCCAAGGCGACAACGGACGUGAAGCCGGAGGAGAAACUGCUGGUGCCGAAGCUCGAGCCAGGUGCUGAUUCGGAAGCGUGUACGGAACCGAACGCGGAACUGGCGCCCGAGAACGAUCUCGGAGCCUCGGUGAAGCUCGAGCUUGAUAUGGAGGUGGGUUUGGGCAAAUCAGCGGCCGAUUACGACGAGUGGCUCGAGAUCCAGAAGGAACUCGGUGUGUACGCCUCAACGGAGCUGGGGCUGGGUAGCAAGUGCCGGGGCAAGGCGGGUAGAGCCCGAGCGAAUGGCGAGGCCCGGCCGGCGAGCGAGGCAAGCGCCUCCGAGCUCGAGCGCGAUCUGCUCGAGGACACGGAGAGCCUCGAUGGCCUGGCUUUGUAUGCGCAAGCUGGCCAGUGUCCCGCGCAGGUGGUCGAGCGGCCCGAAGAGCAUGACGACAUCACCGCCCAGGUGCAGUCGGCCAUCGAUAGCAUCCUAAGCUUGAAGAAGCCCGCGGCGACCCAGCCGCCGCCCGACGAGCCGAGCGACAAGCUGUUGGAUCAGGCGGUGCGCAGCAUCCUUGGCUCGUGACCCUCCUCUAGCAAGGUUUAUUAAAGCCAAGCAUUCGACGUCUGUGCGCCGACGCCCUUUAUCCGCCAUUGCCAAUAAUAGCGCUCUCGGCCUUUAUACAUAUGCGCGCGGCUCGCGGGGCUACUUUCUAUAAACGGCCUUCGCUUUAGCACGUACUCGUGUCGUUAGAUAGUUAACUUAUCGGCUCGGACAUAAUUCCCGAGCAAUUUUUAAUGUAAUUUUGUAAAAAAGAUCUAUUUAAAAAUGAUUUAUUCCAAUUUAAGUCGCAUCACAUUAGUACGUAAAUUUAAAGGUAAAGAAAUUAUGGCGUAUAUAAAGUGAAAUUCGAAUACUUAAAGAAAUUUCGGAC